AUGAACGAAUUGACUCAUCACGAAGAAUUAUCCAGUUUAGGAAUAUGGCUUGGUCAUGAUCAACAAAAAACAUGGCUUCAUUUUGACUGUGCUCACAAUCUCAUGUUACAAAUUCGUGGAAAAAAGACCUUCCUAUUGGCAUCUCCUUCACAUUAUCUUGAUCUCUAUCCGUACACCUUUAAAACAUGCAAAGGACAAGAUAUGAAAGGAGAAAUUUAUCGAUUUUCAGAGGUCAAUGCAUGGAAACCUCAACUCGAUCAGUAUCCACGAAGUGGUCGAGUUCAGUUUUUGGAAGCACCACUCGAAAGAGGAGAUGGAUUGUUGUUGCCAAUGGGAUGGUGGCAUGCUGUGUUAUCGGAAGGAGAACGUGCUUCCUCGUGUGAAGAUGACGCAAGCAGUUGUUGUUGUUGUUGUGGAUUUAAUAUUGCUCUAAAUGCCUUUUGGGAUGCUGAUGAAAGUUUUUGGGCGAAACGAAAUCAUUUAAAGUCCUUUAGAAAAACUUACAAAUAA